GGAAAACCUCAGAUUUGCUUCAUCGGGAGAUGAUGUUAAAAUAUGGGAUGCUUCGUCUAUGACACUGGUGGAUAAAUUCAACCCACACACAUCACCACAUGGAAUCAGCUCAGUGUGUUGGAGCAGCAAUAGCCAGGGAUCAAACGUGCAUCCUCAUGGAUACUAGUUGGGUUCGUUAACCCCUGAGCCACGAUGGGAACUCCAAAAAUUUGUUAUUGAAUCAAAUGGAAUAAGGAGAAAAGUAGCAGUAAACAUAGGAAGAAGUCAAGGAAAGGGGAAUGAUGUAUUUUUCUCAAUGCUGUAAUAUCUAGAUAACUUCCUAGUGACAGCAUCUUUCAGUGGCGAUAAAAUAGUCGUUUCAAGUUGCAAAUGUAAACCUGUUCCACUUUUAGAGCUGGGUGAAGGGCAAAAGCAGACAUGUGUCAGUUUAAAUUCAACAUCUAUGUAUUUGGUAAGUGGAGGCCUGAAUAACACAGUUAAUAUUUGGGAUUUAAAAUCAAAAAGAGUUCAUCGAUCUCUUAAGGAUCAUAAAGAUGAAGUAACUUGUGUAACAUAUAAUUGGAAUGAUUGCUACAUUGCUUCUGGAUCUCUCAGUGGUGAAAUUAUUUUGCACAGUGUAACCACUAAUUUAUCUAGUACUCCUUUUGGCCAUGGUAGUAACCAGUCUGUUCGGCACUUGAAGUACUCCUUGUUUAAGAAGUCGCUCCUGGGCAGUGUUUCAGAUAACGGAAUAGUAACUCUCUGGGAUGUUAAUAGUCAGAGUCCCUACCACAGCUUUGACAGUGCCCAUAAAGCUCCCGCCUCAGCCAUCUGUUUUUCUCCUGUCAAUGAAUUGCUAUUUGUAACUAUAGGCUUGGAUAAAAGGAUUAUUCUUUAUGAUACUUCAAGUAAGAAGAUAGUGAAAACGUUAGUAGCUGAUGCUCCUCUAACGGCAGUAGAUUUCAUGCCUGAUGGAGCCACUUUGGCUAUUGGAUCUUCCCGUGGGAAAAUAUAUCAGUAUGAUUUAAGGAUGUUGAAAUCACCAGUUAAAACCAUCAGUGCACAUAAGACAUCUGUGCAGUGUAUAGCAUUUCAGUACUCCACUGUUUUUUCUAAGUCAGGUUUAAAUAAAGGCAGUUCAAAUAAGCCCACAGCCGUGAACAAACGUGCUGUUAAUGCGAGUGCUGCUAGUGGAGGAGUCCAGAAUUCUGGAACUGUCAGAGAAGCAGCCACCGCCUCUGCUGCCACAGUUCUGCCACAGCCCACGACCGCCCCUGUGGGGAAAGGAAAGGUUGCUGUUCAAGACAAAGCAGGUCUUCCUCGAGGCGUAAACACAGAUAUUUUGUCUAAGGAGACAGACAGUGGGAAACCUCAGGAUUUCUCCAGCUUUGAUGAUACUGGGGAAGGUAGUUUAGGUGACAUGUUCUCACCUCUCAGAGAUGAUGCUAACAAAGGAGGUGAUGAGUCCAUAGGCAAAGGAGAUGGCCUAGACUUUCUAUCACAGUUGAACUCAGUGUUUCCUCUAAGAAAAAACCCAGCAGCUUCAAGCACCUCAGUAUUGCAUUCUAGUCCUCUUAAUGUCUUUAUGGAGUCUCCAGGGAAAGAAGAAAAUGAAAAUCAUGCUCUGACAGCUGAGUCUAAGAAAAUGCAUCUUGGAAAACAGGAACCUAAAGAUUCCUUCAAACAGUUUGCAAAGUUGAUCCCCAGUGCUGAAAUUGGACGUCUAAAUACCUCUUCAUCAUCUAACCAAACAAGAAGUCCUGAGAAAUUUGAAAAGCCAGAAAAAGAAAUUGAAGCCCAUGAACCUCCAGUCAAUGGCUCCUCAACUCCAAAUCCAAAGAUAGCAUCCUCUGUCACUGCUGGAGUGGCCAGUUCACUAUCAGAAAAAAUAGCUGAUACCAUUGGAAAUAAUCGGCCAAAUGCACCGUUGACAUCUGUUCAAAUCCAUUUUAUUCAGAACAUGAUACAAGAAACAUUGGAUGACUUUAGAGAAGCAUGCCAUAGGGACAUUGUGAAUUUGCAAGUGGAGAUGAUUAAACAGUUUCAUAUGCAAUUGAAUGAAAUGCACUCUUUGUUGGAAAGAUACUCAGUGAAUGAAGGUUUAGUGGCGGAAAUUGAAAGACUACGAGAAGAAAACAAAAGACUACGGGCACACUUUUGAAAUUUCUGUGAAUACUUUAAUGUUUUGUAAUUUGGGAAGCUUUUGGCAACACAGAACUACAUGGCAUCAGUAUUGUUUUCAUGGCCUCUGGGGAAGAAUUUUUUUUCAAGUAAAAGGGUGAUGGGAUUUUAUACCAACCACUAUUUCACUUUUUCUGACUGUCAAAAAUAUUUAUAUUUUUAUAUUAAAUAAACUACACAAUGUCAUUUGCCUAAAAGGAAAGUCAACAGGAUCUUUAUUUUUGGAAAGCUUUAUUUAGCUAUACACUAAGUGUCCUUUCUCAUAAUAAAAGAAAAUUGUGCAAAGAAAAAAAUACGUUAUGUAUGCUCUUAAAUCAUCUUUUUUUAAGCAGAUAAUAUUUUUGGUUGACAAUUGCCUUCUAAAUUUUUUUGGAUGUUUGAUUAAAGAGUUUGAUAUACCUUCUAUUUUUAUGGAGAAAGUAAUUAUAAUUGGUGUCUUGUGUUUCUAAACAUUUGACUAAUAAAACAUAAGGUUGGUUAGUAGUUAUUUUGUUAACUUGAUGCAGUCAAGUAUGACCAUUAUUUAUUACUUGUACAUUUGAUUAGAAAAUUUCUGGAAUUUUGAAUUGCACAGAUUACGUAAUAUCUCUUGAAUUUAUGUUACUGUAUUAUACUUCUGACAUAUCUCUACUCCUGGUUGGUAUUUUUUAGCUAACUUCACUUUACCUAUGAAAACUUCUAAGGGUUUAUAAGACUCAACCAGAACCACAUCUCUACUGAUUAUCUCAUGAAUUAAUAACACCCAAAAUUAUACUGUAAAAUUUCAAUCAAUAUAGUUCAACUUAUAAUCAGUGAAAAUUUCAUAUUAGAUAGUAAAUAUUACAGGAUUAGUGCCAUUUUUCUCCUCCCAAAAGAAGUUUAUUUUGUUUUGUGGUUUAUGUUAUUAACCUUCUCUAAUUCUUUGUGUGCUGUGUGUAAUAUGUUUAUAUUAUUGACCUUACUAUAAAAUAAAUAAAA